AACAUACAACACUGUAAGCUACCUUCUCUGGGCGUGAUCGGUAUAGUGCGUGCGUGCUAAGUGAAGAACUGUAACAGUAAUGGGAACUGACCAACCACUGGACAGUGCUGAGGCGCCGAAGCUUGACUUCGAAGCGCAGUUUACCAUUUUUGUGGGGUCGUCUAGUGAGGAUGUCUCAUAUGCGAAGACAUUCUGGAAUUCCCUCGCUCUGCAUCCGCCGAUAGAGUCACGACUGGAGUCUGCAGACGUCAGUCAACGACUCAAAGUAGCCAAAGAUCCAUCCUGUAAAACCGUACCCAGGCCCAGCACACCAAAAAACCAUGCCUUGUUUGACAAAGUCUCACAACAGAAGGUGGAGGAGGACAGACAAAGAUACAAAGACAUGGCUAAACGGAGAGACGAGAUCAUAAUGCUACUGAAAAAGCAAAGAGAGGAGAGAAUGAAGAGAGAACUGAUUUCUCGUCCCUUCAAGCCCAAGCAGUGCCAGGAAGAAAACAGGGAGACGUCUGCACCUGCCCCUGCCCCUGGCCCUGAGACCUUAUCACCAGACCAAGAGGAGGAGAUACAGAAUGUUAGGAGCCUACAGUAGACUUGGAGUUUUGCUAAGUAAACCGACAUGGAUAUAGGCCUGUAUACAGUUGUGCACUGUCAGAUCAGAGUACUUUUUUGUUUUUUUAAAUAAAUGAAACAUUGUUGUGGUUACUUCAA